AUGCUGAAAGCGGUGAUGGCCGUCCACUUCGCGCUCUCCACAAAAAGUUUCUCCUCUGCCUUCUUGACCGCCGCCUCCUCAUUGCUUGCCCCUGCGUUCACCGGCGCCUCCGCGAUCGCCAACCCCAACUCCAGCCCAUCCAACAUCGACACGUUCGCCCCCAUCCCGGCAAGGGAGCAUGUGCAGCGGCCGGUGGACCACCGCUCGCGCCUCUGCCGCGUCCGACGGGAGCGGCCGGUCCGCUGA